CGGUCGAAGCCCCGCCCCCUCCCCAACCACCGAGCGCGCGAGGAGCGCGAGAGGAAUUAAAUAAAUAAAGAGGGAGGCUGAGCCGAGCAGGGGCGGCCUCAAGCGGCGGAGGAGCCAUGGCCGCACGGCCGAGCCACGGCGGCGGCGGCGUCUCCCGCCUUGAGUCGGAGUUGUUCUUCCUAAUCGCGAGGUUCCUGUCCGCGGGGCCAUGUCGGGAGGCGGCCGAGGUCCUUGUGCGAGAAAUCGAACAACACAAGCUGCUGCCGAGGCGCGUGGACUGGAGGGGCGCGGAGCACGAGCGCAGCUUCGCCGAGAUGGUGCUGAGCCACACUCACCUGGUGCCCGAGCACCUGCUGCUUGUGGUGCAGCGGCUGGGCCCUCUCUUGGACCGCGAGAUCCCGCCCAGCGUGCCGGGGGUCUGCUCUCUGCUGGGGGCCGGUCGCCAGUCCCUGCUGCGCACACGCAAAGACCUCGGCCGCGUGGUGUGGCGUGGAUCGGCGUUGGCCGCCCUGCACCGCGGCCGCCCCCCUCAGCCCCAGAGCAGCGUGGGUAAUCCGCCCCACCUUGUGAGCUUGCUGUCUGCGCGCGAGCGCACGGGCUGCAUACGGCAUGGACAUGCCGUGCCCAUCACGUUGUAUCAGCACGCGCGCAUGCACCGCCGUAUCCUGGGGCACCUCUCCUCCGUCUACUGCCUCGCGUUCGACCGCACCGGCCAGCGCAUAUUCACGGGCUCCGACGAUUGCCUGGUGAAGGUGUGGUCAGCCGAGGACGGGCGGCUUCUCGCCACGCUGCGCGGCCACGCGGCCGAGAUCUCGGACAUGGCCGUGAACUACGAGAACUCGCUGCUGGCGGCCGGCACCUGCGACCACGUGGUGCGCGUCUGGUGUCUGCGCACCUGUGCCCCCAUGGCCGUGCUGCAGGGCCACACGGCCUCCAUCACUUCCCUGCAGUUCUCUCCGCAGUGCCGGGGCUCCGUGCGCUGGCUGGCCUCGAGUGGUGCCGACGGCAUUGUCUGCUUCUGGCAGUGGGACGCUGCAUCCCUCAAAUUCUGCGAGCGACCCGUGAAGUUCACGGAGAGGACUCGACCCGGCGUGCAGAUCUUCUGUUCUUCAUUCAGCGCUGGUGGGAUGUUCUUGGCCACGGGCAGCACAGACCAUGUGAUCCGUGUCUACUACCUGGGGGACCGGUCCCCGGACAAGAUCGCUGAGCUGGAAGCGCACACGGACAAGGUGGACAGUAUUCAGUUCUCGAACAACGGAGACCGGUUUGUGAGUGGCAGCCGGGACGGCACGGCACGGAUCUGGCAAUACCGGCGGCAGGAGUGGAAGAGUCUCCUGCUUGAUAUGUCUUCCAAGCUUCCUGGAAACAACAACCCGCCCGUGGAAGACAAGGUGUUCAAGCUGAAGGUGACCAUGGUGGCGUGGGAUCGGCACGACAGCACCGUCAUCACGGCCGUCAAUACCCUCGCGCUCAAAGUGUGGAGCUCCUACACUGGACAGCUGCUGCAUGUGCUCACGGGCCACGAGGACGAGGUGUUCGUGCUGGAGUCGCACCCCGUGGAUCCGCGCAUCCUGCUGUCGGCCGGCCACGACGGCAACGUCAUCAUGUGGGACCUUUCGCGCGGCGCCAAGAUCCGCACGUACUUCAACAUGAUCGAGGGUCAGGGCCAUGGCGCCGUCUUCGACUGCAAGUUCUCGCCGGACGGGCAGCACUUUGCGUGCACCGACUCCCAUGGGCACCUCCUCAUCUUCGGCUUUGGCUCGAGCAGCAAGUACGACAAGAUCCCGGACCAGAUGUUCUUCCACACGGAUUACCGGCCGCUGCUGCGCGACGCCAACAACUUCGUACUGGACGAGCAGACGCAACAGGCUCCGCACCUCAUGCCGCCGCCCUUCCUGGUGGACGUCGAUGGCAACCCCCACCCGCCACGCUACCAGCGCCUGGUGCCGGGGCGCCAGGGCUGCAGCCUCCACCAGCUCAUCCCACAGAUGGUUGAGGGAAGCAUCCUGGACAACAUGAUCCUGCGUCUCCAGCGCGAGCAGGACGAGCGUGCGGGAGCCACGGGGCAGGACGAGCCCUCCUCUGAGUUGUCACCGGUGCCGCUGACGGUGCAUCCUCCGCCGUCUUCCGAGAGCGAGGCGCCGCGGAGGAGCCCGGGCCCUCGUCGGCGGAGCGGGCAGGUGGAGGGCGUGCGGCAGAACGUGGCGCAGAGCCGCUUCAAUACCGCCUCGGGGGACCUGCUGGCCUGGAACAACCGCCUCGUGGUGCCCGAGGUGGCGCCGGGGCUCAGCAGCACCCAGGAGGGCUACCGCCACGCCAAAGGCGUCGAGGAAUCCGACAUCUACGAGCGGGAGAAGAGGAGGAAGCCGGUCUCCGCCGCACACAGGUCCGACUCUCCCAACGUGGCCGCCAAGGGCCUGAAGCAGCGGAGGAAGCAGGCGUCGCACGGCGGCCUCCACGGCUACCGCACGCGCUCGACGCUCGAGGAGCCCGGCCGGCCGGCCCCGCUGCGCCGCGCCGCCUACGACACCUCGUCGGACGAGAACCGCACGGGCGGCCCCAGUGGGGCAUCGUCGUCGGACGAUGGCGACGAGUGGCAGAGCGAGAGCAGCACGACAAGCGAGUCGUCCAGCGAGUACUCGGACUGGACGGCGCAGGCCGGCGUGAACCUGCAGCCGCCGAAGCGCGCCGUGCGCCGUCGCGCCGCGCAAAGGGGCCGGGGCAGCAGCUCCGACGGGGAGAGGGCGGGGGCCCCCGAUGAGAGCCCCCCGGGGGGGGAGCGGCCCCGCCGAAAAACCAGGACGCGCCGACAGAAGCGAGUGGCCGCCCAGCUGCUGGGACAGGGCCGUCCGGCCGAGGAAUGGCUGCCGUCUGUGUGGGUCACGCACACGGUGCCCCAGCGCUGCCCCUUCGUGCCGCAGAUGGGCGACGAGGUGAUGUACUUCCGACAGGGCCACGAGGCGUACGUGGAGGCCGCCAAGCGCAACAAAGUGCAGCGCAUCAACCCCCGCAAGCAGCCCUGGCACAAGAUCCAGCUGCGGGAGCAGGAGUUGGUGAAGAUCGUCGGCAUCAAGUACGAGGUUGGGCCUCCGACGCUGUGCUGCCUGAAGCUUGCCUUCCUGGACGCCGACACGGGGAAGCUGACAGGCGGAGCGUUCGCCAUCAAGUACCACGACAUGCCAGACGUCAUCGACUUCCUGGUGCUGAGGCAGACGUACGACGAGGCGCGUGCUCGCAACUGGCAAGUUGGGGACCGGUUCCGCGCGGUGAUCGACGAAGCGUGGUGGUAUGGCACGGUGCUGCGGCAAGAACCCUUCCAGGCGCAGUACCCGGACAGCCCCUUCCAGUGCUACGCCGUGUGUUGGGACAACGAGGAGACAGAGCGCAUGAGCCCGUGGGACAUGGAGGUGAUUCCGGACGAUGCGCGACCGCCCCCCGAGCCGGGCUCCAGCGUGCCGCUGACGAGCGAGGAGCGCGAGUCUCUGCUCUACCGCCCGCAGGACGGCGAGUGGGGCUCGGAGCCCCGCGGGCAGCAGCGCGACCGCAUCACUGCCGCGCUCGACCAGCUGAUGACGUUGGACGUGACGGCACAGUUUGCGACCCCCGUGGACCUGCAGGCGUACCCCCUCUACUGCACCGUGGUCGCCUACCUCACCGACCUCAGCACCAUCCGCAAGAGGCUGGAUAACGGCUUCUACAGACGUUUGUCGUCGCUGAUGUGGGAGGUGCGGUACAUCGAGCACAACGCCCGCGCCUUCAACGAGCCCGGUAGCCCCAUCGUGAAGUCGGCCAAGCACGUCAGCGACCUGCUGCUGCACUUCAUCAAGGAUUCAAGCUGCACGGACAUCCUCACUCUGCACAACGCUCGCAAGAAGGACGAACCGGAGGAGGAGUCGGAGGUCAGCCCUGAUGAAGAGGAGGAGCACGAGGAGGAUCGGGAAGCGCCCAGCACGUCCACCGGGAGACUCCGGAAGCGGCGUACGCAGCGCUACCGGCGCGAGUCGGCCUACAACAUCGCGGCGUGGAAGCAGCAGUGCAGGCAGCUGGUGAGCGUCAUCCUGGAGCGCGAGGACUCGGAGCCGUUCCGCCAGCCCGUCGACCCCAUCGCGUACCCGGACUACCGCACCAUCAUCCCGACGCCCAUGGACCUGGGCACGGUGCGAGAACGUCUGCGGGAGGACACGUACCACGACCCCGUCGACUUCUGCAAGGACGUGCGCCUCAUCUUCUCCAACGCCAAGGCCUACACGCCCAACAAGAAGUCUCGGAUCUACGGCAUGACACUGCGUCUGUCAGCGCUCUUUGAGGAGCACAUCCGCGGCAUCGUCUCCGAGUACAAGUCGGCGCUGCGCUACCACGAGCGGCGGGAGCGCGCCGCCUGCCGCGGGAAGCGUGCCAAGCAUGCCCGGUCUGGCUCCAGCAGCCGCGAUUCCAGCCCGGAGGUCAGGAAACGUGUAAAGGCCCAGACGAGGAACCCGAACGACGCAUCGUCGUCAUCCUCGUCGUCGUCAUCGUCAUCGUCAUCAGACGUCGCUGGGAUGGGAGUGCAGGCCUCUGCCCGGCCAUCGUCUUCGUCUUCAGGGGCGGCCAUGAUGUCGCACGGCGGAGCGGCGGGCAAGGGGGCGGCCACCACCGCCUCGGGGAGGCCCAGCGAGGGCCCCGGCCGGCCCAGCCGCUCCUCGGCAGAGGCGGGGGGAGCGGCCAUGCUGUCGUCGUCGUCGUCAUCGUCGUCAACGUCUUCGUCGGCGGUGGGGAUGACGACGCGAGGAGGCAAGGGUCGCGGGGUCGCGGCCACUGCGGCUGUGACCAACGGAAGAGCUGGCGCUGCCGCCGUCGGCCGCCGUGGGCGCCCCGCUCACCGCGUGUUCCGGUGUGCGCCGCCAGGGGGUGCGGAGGACGAGGGCUCGCGGCCCCCGGUGUGCAACAGCAAGAGGAAAAGCGCCGAGGUGUCAUCGUCGUCAUCCUCGUCAUCGUCGUCGUCAUCCUCGUCGUCGUCGUCAUCGUCGUCGUCAAAAGCGACGCACGGGAAGGCGGAGAACGCGACUGGCAAGCGUCGGCACCGGCCCGGACGGCGAUCAGGAGCUGGCAAGCAGGAUCUCGCCGACGGCGGAGGAGAGAGGCGGCUCAACGGCCACGGCUCGCGGAGGCCCCGCGCCUCCUCCGCCGUCGCCUCCACGCGCGCCGCCCCCGCCAAGCGCCUCCCGAGCAGCGAGUCCGAGUCGAGCGACGACGGGGACGACGACGACGACGGGGUGGGCGACGCAGCGGCGAAGAAGGCCAACGACGACGGAAAGAACGACGGCGACGAGAAGGGGCGGGGGGGGGGACCGCCGCGAUGGCCGCCGCCGCGAGGACGGCUCUGACGAUCACCUGGGCGUGAUCUCCGGCCCCGAGUCGCCGUCGCCGUCGUCCGACAGCGGCAGCGACUUCGACGACGGCGGCAGCGUCUGCAGCGGUGCCC